UCCCCUCAUAGCCGUCAUCGGAUCACCAGAUGUUCGACCCGAGUGCGGAGGCCGAAGGAACGAACUUCGUCGCUGCCUAAUAAUCCUUUUUCCCGUCGAAGAGAGCGAAGCCGCUGCCGCAAGCAAACGCGAAGGGAGGAGCGAAGCCCCCGUUCCCAAGUCAAAGGGGAGAUGGUGAACCUGCGGUCAGACUCCCCGACCUGCCGCCGAAUCGUCCUCGCCUUCCUCGAUUUCCUCCAAUCUGUUGAAAUGGCUCCUGGAGUUGAUUCUGAAGCAAUUGAUGUUGUCAGAGAUUGUCUGGAAGAUGUUUUUAAGCUAGAUUCCUCCUCUUGUGAAAAGAUAUGUCCUGGAUUGCUGUUGGAUUUAUUCACAUCAGAAGAAAUUGGUCAACACCAGUUAAGAUCAUAUCUGGAUUCUGCUGCAGCAGGGGAUACAUCCCAUGCAACAUUACAUUCCCCGGAAGCAGCUGAAGAUUCUGAAAUGUUAGAGGCAUCAAAAGGUGAAGGUUCAGCUGGAGGGCUCCAUGGCCUAGGAGCUGUCUCUAGAGAUGAAUUAUUUGGUAGGUUCUAUGCUGGACUUGAUAAAAUCAAUUUCUUCACGAGCUCACCUGGUGGACCUGAAGACCCAAACCGAAUAGCAAAAGCAACACAAUUGUUUGAUGAAGCAUGGAUGGAAAUAGGAAGCUCGCAGAGGCAAGUUAUGAACUUGAGCAACCUUGCUGAAAUCUUUAAGUCAAAAGGUAAUGACUGCAUCCGAAUGAAGCUAUACUCUGAAGCUAUUGAACUGUAUACCUGUGCAAUUGCAAUAUGUGAGAAGGCUGUUUACUACAGUAACAGGGCUGCUGCAUAUACUAAUAUUAAGAAAUAUUCUGAAGCUAUUGAAGACUGCUUAAAGUCAAUUGAAAUUGAUCCAAAUUAUAGCAAAGCAUAUAGUCGCCUUGGCUCGGCAUAUUUCGCUCAAGGAAAUUACCGUGAUGCUCUAGAAAAGGGUUAUCUGAGAGCAUUGGAGUUGGACCCAAAUAACAACACAAUUCGAGAGAACAUUCAGGUAACUGAGAAAAGGCUGAUGGAACAGCAGGCUGAAACAGAUCAGAAUAGAAGGUCACAUCAUGGCCAAGGAUCAAACACACGAUCAGCAGGGUCUACAAACAAUAAUAGCUUCCCAUUUGCAUCGUUUCCCAUAGGUGCUCCCACCCCUGAAUUUGUUGCUAACAUCUUCAGGAGCAUGGCUCCGGGUCAUGGCCAAGAUUCAUCUUCACAAGCAUCGACGCCAGCAAACAGCAGCCCACUGUUCACAUCAUUCACCAUGAAUUCUUCUGUUCCCACCGAUUUUGCCAAUAUACAUGUCAACAUGGAUUCAGCCACCCAGGAAAAUAGUGGAAACAUGGGAGAAUCAAGUGAACCUGAGGUAAGAAUUGAUGCAAAUGCAAGCUUGAAUUUUGGCGGUGGUCUUGAGCAAGUAUCAGAUGCAUUGAGGUCUGUUGUGGGGAUGCUUUCAUCACAAUUUGCACCACAUGCUGACACACCUGGAGAUCAAACACAUGGAAGCCAUCAGUGAAACAAGCUGUGCUGUUAAACGUCGUGGGUCUCCUUAAGGGUACUUGAGGGGCUCUUUUUUUUAGUCAGAUGAUGCCAAAACUCUGCUUCCACGGACAAAGGUCUUUUCUUUAGUCGACGAUUGCCUCUUUUCUGUUUUGGUGUUAUUUUUUCUAAGCUGUUUAAUCAGAAAUGUAAAACCUGAUCACGUCGGGCUCAAAGUCGUUCAUUGUGGUGGUCAAAGAACAAAAGCUUGUUGUAAACUGCGUGUAUAUUAGGGUUUGGGUAACCCCUUUGGUUCACAGGAAUCCUGAUAGGCAAGAUUGUCAUACAACAGGUUGAUGAGGGCUUGAUCAAUGCAUGUGCGAAAUAUAAAUUACUAGUGAUAUGUGGACAAUGCAACAA